AUGCUUCGCUACGGAUUUGCAGCCGGGCUCUUGGCCGUGCAGCUUGCUUCGCAAGCCGUCACGGGCGUCCAUAGCCUUAUUAGCAAUAGAAACUCGGCCACGGACAACCUCCAGUCCUUUAGCUACAAACCAAGGAUUUUCAUCUUGUCGGAUAUUCUCAAUGAGCCUGAUGACUCCAUGUCGCUGGUGCGAUAUCUGCUGUAUUCUAAUGAGUUCAACACCACUGGGCUGUGUGCAACAACGUCGUGGUGGCUGCAGAAUGAGACGCAUCCCGAGGAAAUGGAGAGAAUCAUUAAUGCCUAUGGAGAGGUUGUCGAUAACCUCAACCAACAUGUGCACCCGUCUGCCCAGUAUCAGAGCCCGGAUGAGUUGCUGCAGCUUGUCACAUCAGGCCCAAAAAUAUACGGAAGUGCUGCCUUGGACGAGCCCGUAAGUGAGGGUGCACUGCGUCUCAUCGCCAGUCUGCAAGCAUCUGAAGAUCCGCUGUUCGUCACGGCUUGGGGUGGUACCAACACCUUGGCGCAAGCGUUGCAAUACAUGGAUGAGACUCUGUCGGAAUCGGAAGCCAGCGCACUGCGGUCCCGUAUCAGGCUCUACACCAUAUCCGAUCAAGACGAUACAGGUGCCUGGAUACGUGCACGCUACCCAGAGAUUUUUUACAUUGUCUCUGUCCACGCAUGGAAUGACUAUGGUGCCGCUACUUGGACGGGAAUCAACUUGGCGACGUGCGCUUGUGUCGACAAUGAGACGGUGCUGAACCCGUGGCUGGACACAAACGUUCGUCUCGGCCCCCUUGGCGCCGUAUACCCACAAAUUGAGUACGGCAUGGAAGGCGACACUCCCAGCUUCCUCUGGCUGGUGCAAAACGGCCUCGUCUACCGCGAUCGCAUCGACUGGGGUACUUGGGGCGGGCGAUACAACCUCCCUCAAGCCCCCGUGGACGUGGCCAAGGGCAGGGCGCACAUUAGCAACCAAUACGUCAACGGCCUCGACACCGUCAUUGGCGCCGACGGACAGUCGUACUCGACGGCCCAGGCCACCAUCUGGCGCUGGCGCUCGGCGUACCAGGACGACCUGGCCGCGCGCAUGCAGUGGACGCUGACGCCCAACUUUACCGACGCCGGCCACCCGCCCGUGAUCAACGUCAAUGGGCACCAAGGGCCGGACCCCCUGUUCCUGACGGUGGCGCCGAACCAGACAUACCUCUUGGACGCCGGGCUAACGGUCGACCCGGAUGCUGGCGGCAACGGUAACCUGACGUUUGAAUGGGUGCUCUAUCCGGAGCCGACCAAGUUCCUGACCUCGUACGUCGAGGUCCCGAUCGCGGCGGUCAAUGGGACAGGGGAGGUACUGGCGACUAAUGAUGCCGGAUUCGCCAACGCCACGUUGGGGACGGCCAUACAGUUCACGGCGCCUGUAGAGUGGACGAACCCCAACACGGGGGUCUCAAUGGGUUUCCAUAUUCUUCUGCAGGUGACCAACUCGGCUGGAAAGUAUCCGAUUACGCGGUACUUGAGGAUAGUCUGCGAGUAUGAGUCUUGA